UCAUGAAACACUCUGUAAGUAAGUAAGAAAUGGACACCAAAUUCGAUUCUUCUAUGUUGUCUAAAUUCAAAAUCUUCUUCUUCUUGCAAUGUUUUCUUGCCCUCUCCAAUGCAGCUGAUCAAGAUUUCGAUUUCUUCUACUUUGUUCAACAGUGGCCGGGAUCGUAUUGUGACACCGCAAAAAGCUGUUGCUUCCCGACAACGGGGAAGCCGCCGUCAGACUUCGGCAUUCACGGGCUUUGGCCGAACUAUAAUGACGGUACUUACCCUUCAAAUUGUGAUCCUAACAAUCCGUUCGAUCAAUCAAAGAUAUCCGAUUUAAUAAGCAAGAUGCAACAUGAUUGGGCGACCCUUGCUUGCCCGAGUGGCACCGGGACGACAUUUUGGGAGCACGAGUGGGAAAAGCACGGCACAUGCUCGGAAAAAAUUCUAGACCAACAUAGUUAUUUUGCAACUGCUCUUGGGCUCAAAUCUAAACUUAAUCUUCUAGAAGCUCUUCAGAGUGCAGGAAUUAAUCCAGAUGACGGAUCUUACAGUCUAAAGGCGAUAAAAGAGGGCAUUCAAAGUGCCGUAGGCUUCGAGCCAUGGAUCGAAUGUAAUAAAGACACAGAAGGCAAUAGUCAACUCUACCAAGUUUAUCUUUGUGUCGACUCAUCGGCUUCUAACAUUAUCGAAUGCCCUGUCUUCCCGAAAUCCGGCAGUUGUGGCUCUUCCAUUCAGUUCCCUAAAUUCUAAGCAUCAAUUAUUUGAAUAUUCGAUUGAAUCUGA